CAGGAAGUAGUGGGGGCCGAGGCUGAACUCUGACCGUAAGGGUGGAAGCACAUUCGGCGCGCUCGAAAUGCACGGCCAGUACUUGAAGAAUGUCUCCUGGGGAUGAGACAACAGUAGAGUCAAGUCCAUGAAUCAGUUCACUUUUGAUAGAGCAGAUGUACAAAGGAAUGAACACUUUGCAGAGAUGACGGACAAUGCCAGCAGCAGUGAAGCAUGUGCAGAGCAACCUAUUCCAGAGAAACUCCCCAUGCAGAGCAAACGGGGCUACUGUGCUUGCUGUCAGGAGCUGUACAACUGCCUGGAACAGCACCUGCAGAGCACUCGGCACAAGCAGUCCGCCGGCGAGUCCCGGAAUCAGCUGGUGGCAAAAAGCCUCAUGGAGCGGUUCCUGCAGGAUGUGAUACAGUACCAUCCUUCCCGAUACAAGGACAACAGGCCAACCUACAUGGACCUACCGUCAGUCAGCGCCCCACUGAUUCCUAGAAAGGAGCUUGCAGACAUACACUCCUACCAGGACGACAAGGAGACUGUUGGGACCAGAGAGGAGUUGCCGAGCACAGAUAACGAGUCUGUCCAGUCAGCGCAUGCGUUCGGUGGAAAAAACAUCGCUGACUGCCGCCAGACCAGAGACACCAAUGUACCUUCCGUGCCUGUUGGACACCCAACGAGUAGUAAAGUCACCGGAGUUGGAGAGCCAGCAUCUGAAGAGCAGGUUGAAGUCAGCUUGCCUUCCUUUAAAGGGUUAUGUAGGACUACAUUUUUAAAUGCAAAUGAGGGCAUGCUAUCUUGUGGCAAAGCAGAAAGGCAUGGCAGUCGUAUUGCUUUGGCUUUAUAUAAACCAGCAUCGAGGAGGGGAAUCAGGGACUACAGUAAACCAAAAGUCAUCUGCUCUCACGAGGAUCAUGGACACUGGAAUCCUACAAGUCAAGUUAGCCUUCCUGAUGUCUCCUCGGGGCAAGCUUUUAAGUUUUCCAAAUUGCACCAGGUUAACUCUCAGGGCACAAUGGCAGGCUCUCCACUUCCGCAGCUCAGGGACCAUGGGGAGGGGCGCAGCCUGCACUGUCCUGCGGGGCCAAGCCAGCAGGAGGAGUUUCACAGCAGCAACGUUCUCGCCCACGGUGACAGGCUGACAGAAGGCGAAGCGGCUGCCCAGGCGAAGGAUCUGGUCUUGGAGACCAUAGAGACGGUCAUUCAGAAAUACUGUACCCGGCAGGCAUCGCAGCCUCGAGACAGCGACAGUGAGGACUCCGCUGAUGGUAAGCAUCAACAUCGAGGGGAAAAGGUGCAGGGGAGUCCGCAGGCUAAGAAAGCGCCUCUGGAGAAAGAGUAUUGUACACUAUCAAACAGCUACAAAAUGGCUUGCAGUAAGCAGGUGCUACAAGAGACGGCAUCUUGCUUCAAGAAAAUGCUGUCUUUAACCCUCUCCUGUGAAAAUAAAUCUGGAGGGCAGCACCAGGGCACAGGGGAAGACGUGGAAAGUUCAGGAGGCAGUAUCUGCUCCCUGGGCAGUCAGCUGGGGCAGCUGAAGUCCAGCAGCAGCUCGGAAUGGAAUGCUUCGGUGAAGAUGGAGAAGCGCAGUUCGAGAGUGCCAGUGAGGGACCUGGAGCUGAUGACGGACGCUCGGAUCUCACUUGACGACCAUGGCUACAAAACGCAGCUGAGCUCGGUCCUGCGCUCCCAGGAGGAAGAGUGCGACAAGAUGGAGAUAGAGAACGUCAGCCCUGCAGAGAGCAGCAGGAAAGCCGAGCCUGCUGAAGAGAAACCGCGGCCCCUGGAGCCGGAGCAGAGGCUUCAGUCACUACCGUACGUGCCGCCAUCUUUUGCUGGAAAGACUUGGUCGGAGAUCAUGGCAGAGGAUGAUCUGAAAGUGGAGGCACUUGUGAAGGAGUUCAAGGAAGGCCGAUACUUGUGUUAUUUUGACAGCGAGUCUUUGGCCAACUAUGGAAGGAAACAGAAGAAACCGCACCGGGCUGGGGUGAAGGAUGCAUUAAAAGGCACGUCCCAGGUAUCGGCCGACAGUCACCCGAAUGUCCCUUCACCUGAGGCCCUGCCACACUUGAGGGAUGACGACGGGGACGACGACCGGGAUGACGAGCUGCCCCCUGCCCUGUGCCCGGCAUCGGUGGGCAAGAAGCCGGCCUUGAGGCACUGUCGCUUGGCUUCCAGGUGCCAGAUCGUCAAGGUCAGUCAUGGUACCCAGACCAGUGAAGUCAGCUACCCGGUAGUCAAAAAGAAAUCCAGGAGGCUGGAUCAGGAACCCGAGAACUUCUGGAGUGGGCUGGAGCAAGCGGAGAGGCCAGAUACAAAGACCAGACUGUGCUCUCUGAGGCUGCCUAGAUCCUACAGCAGGAUUAUGAGCCCAGUGCAGCCCAGGACGGUCAUCUAUGUCCUGUCCUCACCUGACUUUGACUCGCUGGAAGGGAAGAGGAGCUCCAGGACUUUGCAGGAAGGCGCCAGCCCAACCAAGUACAGGUACAAGAAAUCACCAGUCAGGUACUACGACCCGGUCACCAACAGAAUCCUCAAGAUGCCGCCCAGCAGCCUUGCUCCGUCCCACCACGUGCGGCAGCUCUUUAGGAACCUUAGCCCAGACAUCAACAUGGGGCUGCCCACUGACGAACACAGAACUCCUGCCAAGUUGCAGACAAAGGCCGGUGGGAGCUGCGGCCUGCUGCAGGCUGGUAACAGUGCAGCCUCUGGCUCCCGGCUGCCGGCCACCGCACUCAAGGCCCGGGACCGGGGCCUGGGGGAAGCCCCCAGCAGUGACUGUCCCUCCAAAAGCACGGGCUCCUGGUCAGACGGGGCCUCACUGCCUUUACCCCAGGUCCAGUCUGAUCAGAAGAGUCUGGUCCUGUCACCACUCGGGGCAGACGGGCCCAACCCGCCCUCCAGCAGGCUCAACGUGUACACAGGCCCGAGGAGCAGGCAUGUCCCUGAGGAGGAGAAUCCAGACGCCGUCUCCGAAACAGACAGUCCGCCACUCUACAACCUGAGGGAUGCUUCAUCUUGCUCCCACGUCGGAACCCCGCCAGCGGCUGCAGUCUCCCCCUGCAGCCCUCCACGCCUCCGCUCCAGCCUCCGCCGGCCUGCCGGCAAAGACAGCUCCUUGGGGGAGAAGGUACUGCGGAGGGAAGCCAGGAGUGGGGAGGUAGCUGCCAGAGAUAGGGCAUCCUACCGCCGGAGCCAGAGACAAGUUCCCCGCAGACGGAAGUGAGUCUUCCUCACACCCGGGCUGGCCAGCACGAUCUUUCUGUUUCUUUUGUAUGAAGUACUUCAGGGAAUUUGCAGUUAAAGCAGCAGCUGUAUUUUUAUAAAGAUCCCUUGUGGGUUUUGUUGUUAUUCUUUUAAAAGUAUCCGAGUCAAAAUAGAAAGAGGCAGCACCUAAGGAUGCACACAAGUUGUCUUCCUCACUUGCAACACUUACAGCAAAACUUUCACGAUCUUGGCACUACUGUGAUGAUGAAGCAGCCCUGAUAACUGCAUCUGACUUGCUCAUCGGUCUCGAAUGUGGGCUGUGUGUGUGUGACUGAGGUUCAGAAAUGCAGCCAAAACUGGGGUUGAAGUGGGGCUGGGUCUAUGGUUUAGGCUGUGGGUCAUUUUGUGUCACCACAGCAUGGGUUGGUGUCUGGGACACUAGGAUUGGGAAUGAGGGUUAUGCUUGCAGCCAGUGUGGAGCGCUUGUAUAUUUUCUAUUCCCCUUUAAAUUCACCAGGCUUGCUGCUGUAAAAUUAUGGUGCUACUGUGUUGUGUGUAAUGUCCCGAGGAUUCCAGGUUAUCAGAUUUUUACUCUACCUGGAUUAUAGAACACUGAAACAGAACAUCUGUUUCAAACUAUUAGACGAUUAAACCGAGGUGCAGAAUUAGGCCUUUAGCACAUCGAGCUUACUCCCCCAUUCCAUCAUGGCUAUUAACUCUCUCAACCCCGUUCUCUUGCCUUCUCCCCGUAACCUAUGACGUCCUUACCUUUCACUUUAAAUAUAAAAUCCAAAUCGGGAUUUGUGACCCUGAUGCACUUUGAACACGCAGCCUUCUGAUCUGCAGUUAGAUGCCCUGCUGUUGCGCCAUGAGGUCUGAUGGUUUUGUGUACCAGUAUUUACACUCUACAUGGGAGUUCUCCCAGCCAACCUCCUUCACUCCCUACCCCUUUCUUCUCGUCCUGUGUUCCUGUGGAGUUCUUAGCUGUUCCCUGUGAUAAUGAGCUAGCCUGAAUUCUGCAUUGGGUUUGCCUCGAAUCCAUUACCUGCAGAUGUACACCAUCUACUAGCUUCGGAGUCCCUUUAUUAUAAGACCUCCCACUGGUUGCCUGUUGACUUUCCUGAACCAGCCUUUGUAACUAUACCCAGUUAAGCCCCUUUAGUUGGGCCGAGGAGGCUGGUGGGUGAUGCUUGGUGGCACCAGGCUAGGACGUGUCACAGGAAGGGGAAUCAAUGAGUACUUGUUGGCUGUCCAAAUACUCACUGCUCAUCAGCUGUUCCUGCAAAGACACUGUGGUAGUGUGUGUCAUUAACGCUCAAAUCCAGCGGUGAAGAGUAAUUGGUCGGUAACUCAGCCAGAAGCCGCGAAGAUGAAUGAGAAUCAGGAUUGUUAUCACUGACACGCACUCAGUGGCCACUUAAUUAGGUACAAGAGUGUUUCAAUGUGCUCUUCUGCUGCUGUAGCCCAUCCACUGCAAGGUUUGACAUGUUGUGCACUCAGAGAAGCUCUUCUGCACACCAUUGUUAAAACACGUGGUUAUUUAAGUUACUGUCACCUUCCACCAGUCUGGCCAUUUUCCCCUGACCUUUCUCAUUAAUAAGGCAACCACAGAACUGCUGCUCACUAGAUGUGUUUUUGUCUAUGCACCAUUUACGGUAAACUCUAGAGAUUAUUGUCCAUGUAACACCCAGGAGAUUAGCAGUUUCUGAGAUACUCAAACCACCCUGAGUGGCACCAACAAUCAUUCCUCACUCAAAGUCACUUUGAUCACAUUUCUUUCCCAUUCUGAUGUUUGAUUUGAAUAACAAAUUAACCUCUUGACCAGGACUGCAUGCUUUUAGGCAUUGAGUUAUCACCACAUAAUUAGCUCAUUAGAUAUUUGCAUUAAUGAGCAGGUGUACCUAAUAAAGCAGCCAUUGAAUGGAUGUCAUGAAAUUUGUUGUUUUGCAGCAGCAGUACAGUGCAAUACA